AAACCCUCUGGAAUUCUACUGUCCCCCCUCGAAAAAACCAAGCUCAAAUUAGAGAGAGAGAGAGAGAGGAAGGAAGGAAAGAAGGAAGGAAGGAAGGAGGGCAGGUGGGGGCAGGGCAGGAGGAAGGAGCAGAAAAGAUCGGCCGCGGUAGCAGCUAGGAGGCGGCGGUAGCAGCAGCAGCAGCGGGGAGGCGGGAGGAGCCCCGAUCCCUCGCCUCUGCCCCCCAACCCAGGCAACCGCCCUUCUUCCCCCCCUACCCCACCCCCUUCCCCACCCCACCCCGACCCCCUCCUCUCCCGGCUUCUUCCCCGGCAGCCCACCCCCCUCUUUUUUUCCUACGUGGGCCCGAGAUAUGGCAAUGGUAGUUAGCAGCUGGCGAGAUGCGCAAGAGGACGUGGCCGGGGGCGGCCCCGCCGGAGCAGCUCAGCCGGGUCGGGAUCCGCAGCAAGGGGCCUCGGCGGCCCCCCACACGCCACAGACGCCGAGCCAGCCGGGCGCCCCAUCCACGCCGGGCGACAAGGGCCAGCAGCAGCAGGGCUCGGGCCAGAGCCAGCAGCAGCAGCAGCACAUCGAGUGCGUGGUUUGCGGCGACAAAUCCAGCGGCAAGCACUACGGGCAGUUCACCUGCGAGGGCUGCAAAAGUUUCUUCAAGCGAAGCGUACGCAGGAACUUAACGUACACUUGCCGGGCCAACCGGAACUGUCCCAUCGACCAGCACCACCGCAACCAGUGCCAGUACUGCCGCCUCAAGAAGUGCCUCAAAGUGGGCAUGAGGCGGGAAGCGGUUCAGCGAGGAAGGAUGCCUCCGAGCCAGCCGAACCCGGGCCAGUACGCGCUGACCAACGGCGACCCGCUGAACGGGCACUGCUACCUGUCUGGCUAUAUCUCCCUUCUGCUGCGGGCCGAGCCUUACCCGACGUCGCGCUAUGGCAGCCAGUGCAUGCAGCCCAACAACAUAAUGGGCAUCGAGAACAUCUGCGAGUUGGCCGCGCGGUUGCUCUUCAGCGCCGUCGAGUGGGCCCGCAACAUCCCCUUCUUCCCGGACCUGCAGAUCACCGACCAGGUGGCCCUCCUGCGCCUCACCUGGAGCGAGCUCUUCGUCCUCAACGCGGCGCAGUGCUCCAUGCCCCUGCACGUGGCCCCCCUCUUGGCCGCCGCCGGCCUCCACGCCUCCCCUAUGUCCGCCGACCGCGUAGUGGCCUUCAUGGACCACAUCCGCAUCUUCCAGGAGCAAGUGGAGAAACUCAAGGCCCUGCACGUCGACUCCGCUGAGUACAGCUGCCUCAAAGCCAUCGUCCUCUUCACGUCAGAUGCCUGCGGUCUCUCGGACGCGGCGCACAUCGAAAGCUUGCAGGAGAAAUCACAGUGCGCCCUGGAGGAAUACGUGCGGAGCCAGUACCCCAACCAGCCCAGCCGCUUCGGCAAACUGCUCCUCCGGCUGCCUUCGCUGCGCACGGUCUCGUCAUCGGUCAUCGAGCAGCUCUUUUUCGUCCGCUUGGUAGGUAAAACCCCCAUCGAGACGCUCAUUCGAGACAUGCUGCUCUCCGGCAGCAGCUUCAACUGGCCUUACAUGUCCAUCCAGUGUUCCUAGAGCACCUCGUGGGCUCCCCCGCUUAGAGACCCUGAGAGAAAGGCCUCCAGCCCAGCGAGAGAGCGGCCCAGAUGCCACCUUGGGCGGCGCGUACAGCCGGGUGGGGGGUUCGGAGGAAAGAGAGAGGGAGGGAAAGGAAAACGUGUGGAGGGGGGAGAGACAGAGAGAGAGAGAGGAAGAGAGAAAUAUAUACUCAGAACCCUCAGACACCGAAGGAAAGACUCGCUUAGGAUCGGACCCUGGCUGAAAGGCGAGGAUGGCGAAAUGGACACCUGGUGUCGGUGGAACAAACAGUGACACAGAGAUGGGAAACUUUUUUUAAAAACCCAUAGAAGAGGACGGAAGGCAUUUUAAAAUAAACUCCUCCCCCCAAAAAAGAAGACUAGAAUGGAUUUUCCUGGAUUUAUGAUGGACUGAGGUGGAUGUCGUCUGUAUAGCAAACAAAACACACAGUUUAAAAAGACAAAACAAAACUGAAGCCGAAUUGAAGUGGUGGAUGGGGGGAAGAGGGAGGGGAACCAGAGGCAAACACUUACCACGAACAUUGUUCUUCAUUUUGUAAGAUAUUAGUCUUUAUUUUCACUUUUUUUUUGUAAAAUUUAAACAUCGUAUGCGCAUAAAGGAGGAGGGGGGAACACCACAAGAAACAAGCAAGAAUUAGGGGCGGGGGAAAAUUAACAUUUUCCAAAUAAUUAUUAAAAAAAAACAAGGAAUUGUUCUGUGUGUAUGUAUCUAUAUCUGUUUUGUAUUUUUUUCUGGUUCCAAACCAGGCUUCCUGUGAUUCUAUACUAAUAAUUUUUGAUAUAACCCUUUGCUUCUUAUAUUGAGUGCGAUAUAUGUUGUCGAAGCUGUUCUUCAAGAAUUAAAAUUGAAGUGAGAAUUUAAACAGAAAUAAAAAUUUAGAAAAAAAAAAAGGCAACCCAACCACACCAUCAACCACAGAUUCCCACGCCAGUCCAUGAGUUCUUGUUCCUUGAAGCAGACCUGAUGUUUGGGUUUGCCGGUAGUGGAGUGCCCCCUCCCAAGUCUUUGUAGCUUGUAUCAGAGUUUCGGGGGGGGGGAGGGUUGUUAAAAACCAAACACAGGCAAUGGCCACGUUGCUGGUAAGGCGCGCACAUCUCUCACUAUUCCCAAGCUAACUGGUUUAAGGUGAGUCUGCUGAUAGAUGCUGACGAAACGGAAAAGGCGGAGAGGAAUUCCCUCAGGCUGCAAGACUGUAUUCACUUACUUGGGAUGGGGGAGUCCCACUGACCCAAUGAGGCACCCUUUUGAAGAGAUACGUGUGGAAUUGCCCUGUGGACCUACUGCUCCUUUCCAUUCCUUCUAUGGACACAGCCCGGAAUAGAAAGAAGGGCCUCUAGGCAGAGUGAGGAGGGUGUCUCAGGCAAGUGAUUUUGAGGGGUCAUGAAAGGACGAAUCAAAUAGUUAUUUCGCUUAUUAUGGUUGUAUUUUUACUCCCAGGGAGAGACGCUUGAGCGAUUCCCGCACCCUCCCUUGGGGUGUCAAAACAACUAGGCCAGCCUUGGGGGAUAAUACACCUUGGGGGAGAAGGGCUCCAUUUGCUAUUCCGCCUCAGGCAGCAAAACGUCUUCGGCUGGCCUUGGAAAGAAAUUCCCUCUACUUUGAAACAUGGCGUUGUCACCCCUUUUUAGUCCCAGAUCAGGACUGAAGUCUCAGUAUCAGGCGUGGAAGAUUUACUCCUGGCAUAAGAGCCUCUGUAGGGUCAGUGAGUCUGCCUUGGGUUCUAAACCACUCUCGACCAGACGAUGUGGCUUCUUCUUUUUGGGUCGCGGGGCACUUUAUCUGAAAGAAUGCUUCUCUUUCCUUUUGUGGAAAUAACAGCCCCCAAGAGAAAUCAAGGCUUAGAGAGGUAUGGUUAUGUAUAUGUACUCAAAGGAGAAAGAGAGAGAGAUGCAUAUGUCUGGUGGUGGGAACCGACCCAAGGACACGAGUGUGCUCCUCUUCCUGAGGGCUCCUCCAUAUGUUAGUCUCCUCCAUAUGACUAUCGGAGACGCUUUUCAAAGGCACCCCCACCCCCCACCCCAAUGUACCAUUGUUGCUCCUUUUGAAGGUAAAGGCUUUCCCAGAGCUUGGAGCUCGUCGCUGCAGAUCUCGGUAACAGCUUUCAGUGCAUUAAUGUUUUAUAGAAUCUGAGACGGAACUGUAAGAACACACACUGCCAAGGGAGCUC